AUGUCUGCACCUCUCGCCGACCACUACGACCACCCGGUCUCCAUUGCCGUCAUCGGCGGCACCGGCCUCGCCAAGAUCGAGGGCUUCGAGCCCGUGGCCUCGCUCGACAUCACGACGCCCUGGGGCAAGCCCUCGGCGCCCAUCCAGAUUGUCGAGCACAAGGGCGCGGCGUUUGCCUUUUUGGCGCGCCACGGCGUCUACCACCAGCUGGCGCCCCACGAGGUGCCCUCGCGCGCCAACAUGGCCGCCCUGCGCCACAUUGGCGUGCGCUGCGUGAUUGCCUUUAGCGCCGUCGGCAGCCUGCAGGAGCACAUCCGCCCCAUGGACUUUGUGCUGCCGGACCAGGUCAUCGACCGGACCAAGGGCGUGCGGCCCUUUACCUUUUUUGACGGCGGGCUCGUCGGCCACGUCGGCUUUGCGGACCCCUUUGACGCCAAGGUCGCCAAGGUCGUCCAGGGCUGCGCGGCGGCCAUGCAGGGCGACGGCGUCAAGCUGCACGCCAGCGGCACGCUCAUCUGCAUGGAGGGCCCGCAGUUCUCGACGCGUGCCGAGUCGAACCUGUACCGGUCGUGGGGCGGCUCCGUCAUCAACAUGUCGGCGCUGCCCGAGGCCAAGCUGGCGCGGGAGGCCGAGCUGGCGUACCAGAUGAUCUGCAUGUCCACCGACUACGACUGCUGGCGCGUCGGCGACGACAGCGAGGACGUCGGCGUCAGCAUGGUGCUCAAGUACAUGGAGGCCAACAGCGCCAACGCCAGGCACCUCGUGGGCGCCGUGCUGGACGAGCUGGCGCGCCCCGAGCACAAAGAUCUGGUCCUGGCCAAGCACCACGAGGGCUCGGCCGUCAUGGCCGUGCAGUUCAUGACCAAGCCCGCCGGCCGCAACCCGGAGGCCGUCAAGCGUGUCGAGUACCUCUUCCCCAACUUCUUCAACCAGUAA